UGAGAGCCGCAGCCCCCGGGUGCUCGGGUUCCAGGGCCUGUGUGCACGGUAUGGACACUGCGCAGUCCCACGGGACUUUUCUUGCCCAUGGUGGCAACCGAAAUGUGAGAAUUUGUUCCCGAGUCUUGGGAAUUUCUGCAGAGCGGGGAGGCACGCUUGUGCCUUCUCUGUCCAAUGCGUGAGCAUUCCUGUAGGGACUCUCCUUCUGCCUUUAAAUCACUUUAUUAAGUUGAAUUCCGAAGAACUCUGUCAGAGGGCCCAUUUGGUAGGUGAGAUAGUUUUGGUGGACAAAAUGACCUUGCACUAGGGGCCAGCCGCAGCCUGCAUGCCUGCAUUCCAUAUUUGAGCACCAGUUCCAGUCCCAAAUACUCUGCUUACCAACCAGCUUCCUGCUAAUGGACCUGGGAAGGCGGCUGGUGAUGAUCCAACUAAUCGGGCCCCUAACACUCAACAUGGGAUACCUGGAUGGAGUUCCAGGCUCUUGGCCUUGACCUGGCCAGUGCAGAAACCUCGGCCUCGAAGAUGGUGAGUAGCCAGCCAAAGUACGAUCUAAUACGGGAGGUAGGCCGAGGCAGUUACGGUGUCGUGUAUGAAGCAGUCAUCAGAAAGACCUCUGCUCGGGUGGCAGUGAAGAAAAUUCGAUGCCAUGCACCUGAAAAUGUUGAACUGGCUCUUCGUGAGUUCUGGGCGCUAAGCAGCAUCAAGAGCCAACAUCCAAAUGUGAUUCACUUGGAGGAGUGCAUCCUACAGAAAGAUGGGAUGGUGCAGAAGAUGUCCCAUGGCUCUAAUUCUUCCCUUUAUUUACAGCUUGUAGAGACUUCAUUAAAAGGAGAGAUUGCCUUUGAUCCCAGAAGCGCCUAUUAUUUGUGGUUUGUGAUGGAUUUUUGUGAUGGAGGAGAUAUGAAUGAGUAUCUUUUGUCCAGGAAACCCAAUCGUAAAACUAACACCAGCUUCAUGCUUCAGCUGAGCAGUGCCCUGGCUUUCUUGCAUAAAAACCAGAUCAUCCACCGAGAUCUUAAGCCAGAUAACAUCCUAAUUUCUCAGAGCAGGUUGGAUACGAGUGACUUGGAACCCACACUGAAAGUGGCCGAUUUUGGUCUGAGUAAAGUUUGUUCAGCCUCUGGGCAAAACCCAGAAGAACCUGUCAGCGUAAACAAGUGUUUCCUUUCCACAGCAUGUGGGACAGAUUUCUACAUGGCUCCUGAAGUAUGGGAAGGACAUUACACAGCGAAAGCUGACAUCUUUGCCCUGGGGAUUAUCAUCUGGGCCAUGUUGGAAAGGAUCACAUUCAUAGACACAGAGACAAAGAAGGAACUCUUGGGGAGUUAUGUGAAACAAGGGACCGAGAUUGUGCCUGUUGGGGAGGCACUCCUGGAAAAUCCCAAAAUGGAACUUCUCAUUCCUGUGAAGAAAAAGUCUAUGAAUGGGCGAAUGAAGCAACUCAUUAAGGAAAUGCUGGCCGCAAACCCUCAGGAUCGUCCAGAUGCUUUUGAACUAGAACUCAGAUUAGUACAAAUUGCAUUUAAAGAUAGCAGCUGGGAAACGUGACAUAUUAUUUGCAAAUAUCUCGGAUGAUAUGCUGCUUCUGUUUUAACAGUGAUGCAACAUUAUGUGGCUGAAAAAGAACACAAAAACUGAACUCCACCUUCUAAGGGUUUAGGUUUUAUUGUGAGGUGGUUUUUUGUUUUUUUUUUUCCCCUCAUUUUUCUUAAAUCCAAGCUGGCCAUUUUAUUAGUAUGUUUUAAAUGUGUAUUACCAAUGUGGGUGUAAAUUUUUUUUAGUGAUCAUUGGUAGAAGUUUGGCAGGAAAAUUCUCUUAAGAGCCAAGAAGAGAAGAGAGUCCAGUUUCCUGGAAACAUGUCUCUGAGUAUUUUAGACAUUCCUCGUCAGUAUUAGGAAUUUCCAUGGAGGUAGAGGUGUGCAUGCUGGUAAUGCAGCCUUUGAAGCUUUGUAAAGGAAACAUAUAUGUAGAUAUUUAUGUAUAUGUGAGUAUGUGAAUGUGUGCAUUUUGCAUUCCAUAUGAAGAAAUGCCACUUCUGUUUAAAUUAUUUGAUGUAGGUUUGGGUUUUUUAGAUUUGCUGGUGAAAUCAGUGAUGGAAAAAUAAACCUUCCCUUACCUUCCUACCCUGUCCCCUCCCUCUAAUGAAAUCAUGCUAAGUUUUUUUUUUUUAAUUUUUGUAAUAUCAUACAGCUUCAUUUUGGCGGGUCUAAAACUAACGUUAUUAGACAUAAAAGAAAUUAAGCGAUCCAGAGAUAUUGAGGUGUCUUUAAGCUCUCUCGUGCCCAGUAGCUGCAGGAGUUCAGGUAGUGAUGCAAUCCUAGGUAGCAGGUAGGCGAGGACGUUGAUGACUCAGUCAUACCUUCUUUAGGUAACUGAGUGUUCAUGUAUCUAAUAAAACCACUGCGUUGGGACAUGUCUGCACUUGAGCAUCUACAAUCUGGAACAGAUCUGAACACAAGAUUCUUCUGUUUCUGAAAACUUUGAACAGUAAUAUAUAUCUGAACUAUAAUACUUGAUACAUUAAAUUUUGGUUUCAAGACUAUCUAAUCCUCUAUAAAGUUGAAGAAACCAGAAGAGCUCUACCCUCACAUUGCCUGUCCCUUGUUAAAUCACUGGAGUUCCUUUCAUUCUGGCACUGAUGCUAUUUUUCUUUUGUCUAAUUUGAGAUAGUAAUGGCGGUGAUAUGGUUGUCUUAAGUGUUGACCACUGGUUUCUGGGCGAGAGGUAAAACCUCUAGCAUUUUGUAAAUGGAUAAAAUAUUGUAGCAUCAACUAUUUUUUAAUGUAAUGACUUGGUGUAUCUAUGUCAAAAACCAAACAAACCAUUAUUCCUCUUGAAGUCAGUUGAAUUUUAACUCUGUGGUUGCCUCCUGUUUUCCUGUAAUUGCAGAGAGUUAAAAAUCUAAGGAAAGAAUGCCUUCCUCACGCAGAACAUUAGCCUUUAAGGUUAAAUUUAACAUUGUACCUAGGUUAUUCUUUAUAAAGCACUAGACUCUGGUCAAAAGUCAAACAAAAUAGUGUUAGAAUAUUGAAAUUAUCAAUAGUUUGCAUAAUCACAACUUUUUUGAACUUACACAACUUCUAGAAUAUUUCUAUCAUUUUCCCCUAUUUAAAAUGUGUUUAGAUAAUAAAAGGUAAAACAUAAAAACACUGGGCAUGUAAAAUUUCUGGACUAUGUGUUACUUGAUCUGGAAGUUUAAAAUUUAGACUAAGGGAUUUUUUUGAAAUAAAGCCUCCUAAAAUGAAAAAAAAAAUCAUAAAAUUUAGCAUCUCUUUCAAGCUAUUAAGUGGAAGAAUGCUUUUGGAAAUUAGGGGUGGCAAUACACUGGAACUUCAUGGUAAUUGGCUCUCAGGACCACAAAAUUGACUUAACACGGAGAUAUUCAAGGAGAUUGAGGUACUGAAAGUAAGAAAACUAUCAGUAACAUGGCACUCAGUAGAGUCAUAGUUGGUAUUGCCAGGGCCCCUUUUGUCCCUCAGAUAUCUGUGUUCUUGGAAUAAUGGUUUCCUCAGUACAUAGUUUUAAGUCGUCUUUCCUGUAAAAUUGUUAAUAAUUAUCUUUUAUUUUAAAAGAUUUUGCCUGUGAAAUGGAAUUCUUUCAUUGGGGGUAAGAGUAUGAGGUGAUCAGGAAGUUUCUUCUGGAAUUUUCUCAAAUCCUUAUAUUCUAAAGUAGCCUAGACACCAAACAAAAUGAUAGUAAAUUAUUUUUCUUCUUUUUGUCAGAGGUAUUUAUUAAGUACCUAAUGUGUGCUCAGCACUAAUGGUUAGUUGAUAAAACAAUAAUUAAAAAGUGGCAUUUAGCCACAGGCAUUUUCCAACCAAGAGUAAGAAAUAGAAGAUUAUUAUCAAUAGUUGGGAAAUUCCUGGGUAUUCACUAGAGGAAAAAUGAAAGUAAGAAUUUGUUCACAGUGCCUUGCCCAUAAUAGGUACUCAAUAAACAAUUAUUCCUCAUAGAGUCUCUUGCCAUGGUUUAUGGUAUUUUAUGAAAUUUGUCUUAAUUGAAAAAAAAAAAAGACCAAAUAUUUCAAAUAGCUUAUAGGCAGCUGUGGCCAGUUGAAAUAUGGGGUUGUACAGUUAGUUCCUAGAAUGUUAUUUUGCACUAGUCGUCACUUAGAAAGAUGGGGUUCCUGUAGAUUUUUGGUGCUAAGGGAUGCUUUGUCAUUAUGAUGAAGUGUUAUGUGUCAGAUAAAUAGCACACAGAAUAGUUCUUUCUGCUGGUCUGUUUUUUUGUUAUUGUUGUUGUUGUUUUUAAUUGUAAAAUGUUAUCAAUCAAACUAUUGUAGCAGCUACAAAAUAAUUCACCAGCAUGACAAAAUGGUCAAAAAAUAAGUCAUCAGCACUUCAGAAAUGAAAGCAACUUUUGAAAUUUUCUUUUAAAAUUGUCAAAUAUAUUUUAUGAAGAAUUUAUAAAGGGGGAAAUGAUUGUAAUUUAUUGUUCAUGACAGUUUUUUUUUUUUUUUAAUAAAGUGAGUUUCAACAAAAAGAACCCUGAAAAUUCUAUAUUGCUGCUUUGGUGGCUCUGUGAGUAGUCCUGUAGUAUUUUAUUUCA